UGGGAGACAAAGUGCGGCGUUUUCAUGCUGGGCUUUGUGGAUAUCUUGCCUUUUCGCAGCUUCUUUGUAGCGAGUUUACAGAUGGUUGCGUUUUUGUAAACUAGUGUAUGUUUAUUCGUGCAAUUUUUAAAUUGCAUUUGGAAGGGGUACUGCUCGCCAUAAUAGGCCAAUCUAUAUCUGGAUAGCUGUAUUUAACGCGUUUCUUAUGACCAGCAAUUUCACCCGGGUCCUGUAGGCAUUUAUUCGCGACUGGACACUUGGUUUUUACAAUACUUUACCAGCUUCUAGGUGGCGUAUUGGCUUUUUAAAAUAUUAGGCCUACUUUUAAAAUUCGAAUCAGCAUUUUUCUUUUACAAUGGCGACCGCAACUUCAACUCCGGCCGGCCAAAGAAUAAGCUCCCGCACUGCCGGUAGUACUCCUCUGAGCCCCACGAGGAUAUCUCGACUGCAAGAAAAAGAAGAGCUGUGCAACCUGAAUGACCGCCUCGCCAUUUACAUCGAUAAAGUACGAAGCCUUGAAUCCGAGAAUAGUGUACUACAUCUCCAAAUCAGCGAAAAGGAAGAUGUUAGGAACCGGGAGCUUACAGGUUUGAAAUCACUGUAUGAAACCGAGCUCGCGGACGCCAGGAGAUCUCUCGAUGACACAGCUAAAGACCGCGCCAGGCUGCAGAUCGAAUUGGGAAAGAUCAAAGCCGACCAUGAGCAAUUACUACAGACCCAUGCCAAGAAGGACGCGGACCUGACUGGUGCCCUGCUGCGGCUGAAGGACCUGGAGGCACUGCUGAACUCCAAGGAUGCGGCGCUGGCUACGGCCCUGUCCGAGAGGAAGGCCCUGGACGCCGCGCUGGCCGAGCUGCAGGUUCAGGUUCAGGAGCUGGAUGCAGGCCUGAUUGCUGCCAAGAAGCAGCUGGGUGAUGAGACCCUCCUGCGCGUGGACCUGGAGAACCGCUGCCAGAGCAUGAUGGAGGAGCUGGAGUUCCGCAAGAACAUGUUUGAGGAGGAGGUCAAGGACACCCGUCGUCGGCACGAGACGCGUCUGGUGGAGGUGGACUCGGGUCGGGCGGUGGAGUACGAGUUCAAGCUGCAGCAGGCCCUGAUAGACAUGAGACAGCAGCAGGAGGACCAGCUCAAGCUCUACAGGGACGAGAUGGAGGGCACAUACGUGGCCAAGCUGGAGAACGUGCGCCUGUCGUCGGAGAUGAACAGCAGUGCGGCCAGCAUGGCCCGCGAGGAGCUGAAGGAGUCCUCCCUGCGCGUAGAGAGCCUGGCAGCACAGCUCUCCAGCAUGCAGAAAGAGACCCGUGGGUGGCAGGAGCGCAUCUCUGAGCUGGAGGCAGCUCUGGCCCAGGAGAGGGACACCAGUCGCCGUCUGCUGGCCGACAAGGAGCGCGAGAUCUCAGAGAUCCGCGCCAAGAUGCAGCUGCAGCUUGACGAUUACGAGCAGCUGCUGGACGUCAAGCUGGCCCUGGACAUGGAGAUCAACGCCUACAGGAAACUGCUGGAGGGAGAGGAGGAGAGACUGAAGCUGUCCCCGAGCCCGUCAUCCCGUGUGACUGUGUCUCGCGCGUCCUCGUCACGCAGUGUGCGCACCACGCGCGGCAAGAGGAAGCGUAUCGACGUGGAGGAGCAGGAGGCCAGCAGCUCGGUCAGCAUCGCACACACCGCCUCCGCCACCGGCAAUGUCUGCUUCGAGGAGCUCGACGUAGAUGGCAAAUUUGUACGCCUGCACAACACAUCCGAGGAGGACCAGGCCAUGGUGGGCUAUGAGAUGACCAAAGUGAUCGGCGAGGAGUCGGCCACCUACAAGUUCACCCCCAAAUUUGUGCUGAAGGCUGGGCAGAAAGUCACAGUCUGGGCCUCUGAUGCGGGCGUGAGCUCCAACCCCCCAACUGACCUGGUGUGGAAGGGCCAGAGCUCCUGGGGCACCGGGGAGAACGUCAAAGUGGUGCUGAGCGACCCUCAGGGAGAGGAGGUGGCUGUGAGGAGUACAGUGUUCAAGACGGCCAGCGCUGGAGACGAGGAGGGCGAGGAGGAGGAAGACGAGGAGGAGGAAGAGGAAGAUGUGGAGGGCGAGCCCAACCCUGCCAAGAGAGGCUGUGCCAUCAUGUAAUCUCAUCAGGUGACCACCAGAUGACCUUCAGAUCGACCGCUCACCUCAUCCUCUGACAACUUGUUACUGCCAGCUGCCAACCCUACCCUCACAGAACUAUUUUUAUACUUUUUUUAGUGUAUUGUAAAAACAAGCAAAAAAAAAUACAACAACUUUUUUUUGUUUCUGUUUUUAGGUUUUAUUUUUUUGGUGACAAUAGUUUGUUUUUAUUAUUUUUACGUUGACUCAUGAUUUCACACGUCUUGGCUGUGUAUGAACCAAAUUAUGAUUUGUAUGGAUAUUUCCGAUUAUUAAUUGCGUUCUUGUUUUUAUCAGAGGGAGGACUUUGAUUUGUAGCACAAUUAAAGAUUUUAACAUCGGUUUCCAGGGGCAGCUUUUGUGAAAACUUGUCAGUUCCUCCAGGUGCUGUGACUAAACACUUCAGUAUCUUUAUUUCUACUCGUAUGAAGUAAAAAAAAAAAAAAAAAAAGCUUAGGAUUUUAAAGCCUCUUUCUAGAAAGUAUACCAUUUUUAUAGGAGCUUUUAUUUCUUUUCAAAUAGUCUUAGAAAGUCACAAUGUCACGUACAGUGGAAUGUAGGACUUAUUUUACAUGCAUGCGAGUGAAAGAGUAAAUAAAGAUCAAAAUUUGUAAAGUCUUUUUUUUAUUAUUAUUAUAAAUAUGUACGUAAAUGAGCCUCCAACCGAAACACAAAGAUAAUACAGCUUUUCGGCCAUUUUGAUUUUGAGGACAGCGAAAUUGAUUGUCAUGUAAAACCCAAAUGCAAACCACUAAGAGUUAACAAAUGUGAUGUUACGAUCUGUAGCAGCCCGACUGAACCGCAAGUCUCUGCUCCAACCGUACACAACAAAGCAACGGCUGUUUAUCGACAGAUGCCGUCAUUGCAAUAAACCAAUAGGCAAGCCUCAAAGGCAUACACCCUUGUCAGUCAAGUUGUUGGACAGACCACAGACCUACAGAUAGUACUGUAUUAACUCCUACAAUGGUCGCCGCGACUAAAAGCAUGUAUGUCCAUGCUUGUUAUUUUUCUUUGAAUAUUCACGGUCAUGCUCCACUGUACUGGCCUGAAGGGGUCCUGCCCAUUAAUGUGUGUCAGGGCCCUGGGCAGACCUUCUGAACUUCUUUGUAGCUCCCAUUCAAUAUGAUUUCAGUUGGUACACUGGUGCGGACAGAUUGUCAAGUCCAAGCCUUCUGUACCUUUCACUGUUGAGCUUCCAACUUCUCUGAAUUUUACACUGUCUACAGCUGAUAUGUAACACUAUGAGAUAAUCGACCCAUUCUGUGCAGUUGAGAAACCGGGAGGGUGGACUGUAUUGUAUGCAAUAAGCUAAGGACACAGGUCAGUCUCUCCCCAGAUGCCGAUUGUCUCCCCUGGUUGGAGAUCUCUGAAAUUGUGAUUGUAUACCGAUUUGUCUUUUACGAACCGCCGCGAUUUCCUCCUUAGGACUAUUUGAUUGAUUGAAAAAGUAACCAUUUUAUUAGGUCUGUGGGUUCUUUUUGUCAGGGUGUCACUUACUUGCAUGCAUUUUAUUAUAUUAUUUUUUGUGUUGCUGUAACCUUAACAUUUAAAAUUUUAAAUAAAGUAUUGAUUUGUCGUAUUUUC